GUUCGAGCCGCUUCGCGAGCACUGGGGUUCUAGAAAGCCGGGGGGGCCCUGACGAUGCUCCCAAGGCGAUGGCCAAGCGGGAAGCUUGGAUGGGCAGCGGCGUUCUAGUGCGAUGGCGCAAGGAAGGCGGUUUUGGCUUCAUCAAACCGUCGGAUGGCAAUGGUGACCUCUUUUGUCACGUAAGCCAACUUCGACAGGUAGAAGGGAGCAUCAAGGAGGGCGACCGAGUACGCUAUACCGUGACUCAGGAUGGUCUUUCUGGGAAACGAAUGGCAGGAAACGUCGUCCUAGACUUCUCGCGGAGAUCCAGGAGAUCGAGCGAUAGCCGAAGUAGCCGCAGCAAGAAGCGCAGAAGCAAGAGCCGUCGACGGCGGAGGAGCAGCUCCGGCUCCGCUUCAAAGAAAGACAAGAAAAGCAAAGAAAAGGAGGUGAAGGAGGCAAAAGCGGAUGAGAAGGAGAAGGACAAACAUAAGGAGAAGGAUAAGGAGAAGGACAAAGAGAAAAAGGAAAAGAAAGAGAAAAAGAAGAAAGACAAGGAAGAGAAAGAAAAAGAAGAAAAGGAAGAAAAGGAAGAAAAGAAGAAAGACAAGGAAAAGUCCAAAAAAGACAAAGAGAAAAAACACAAGGAGAAACACCGUGAGCGGAGCCGUAGCCGUGACUGAGCGGAGACG